CGAGGACAAUAGUGGGAAUCGGAAAUAUUGCGAGGGGAGCGCUAUAAAAGCGUCCUGAAACCCUACCUCAACCGCCCGAUUCACGUCAUUUGCUUCUGCUCUCUCGUUCACUGGGUUGGGAAGAUUCUCGGCAGAGCUGAGAUUUCUGAGCUUUAAGCUUAUCUCAAAAUGGGUAAGGAAAAGGUUCACAUCAAUAUCGUGGUCAUUGGCCAUGUCGACUCUGGUAAAUCAACUACCACUGGACACUUGAUUUACAAGCUUGGGGGAAUUGACAAGCGUGUGAUUGAGAGAUUUGAGAAGGAAGCUGCUGAGAUGAACAAGAGAUCAUUCAAGUAUGCUUGGGUGCUUGACAAGCUCAAGGCUGAGCGCGAGCGUGGUAUCACCAUUGAUAUUGCCUUGUGGAAGUUCGAGACCACUAAGUACUACUGCACAGUGAUCGAUGCUCCUGGACAUCGUGACUUUAUCAAGAACAUGAUUACGGGAACCUCCCAGGCUGACUGCGCUGUUCUCAUCAUUGAUUCCACCACUGGUGGUUUUGAGGCUGGUAUCUCCAAGGAUGGCCAGACCCGUGAACAUGCUCUCCUCGCCUUCACCCUCGGUGUGAGGCAAAUGAUUUGCUGCUGUAACAAGAUGGAUGCCACCACCCCCAAGUACUCUAAGGCUAGGUAUGAUGAAAUUGUGAAGGAAGUCUCUUCUUACAUGAAGAAGGUGGGAUACAAUCCUGAGAAGAUUCCUUUUGUCCCCAUCUCUGGAUUUGAGGGAGACAACAUGAUUGAGAGGUCUACCAACCUUGACUGGUACAAGGGCCCAACAUUGCUUGACGCCCUCGACAUGAUUAACGAACCCAAGAGACCAUCCGACAAGCCCCUCCGUCUCCCACUUCAGGACGUGUACAAGAUCGGUGGUAUCGGAACUGUCCCUGUCGGUCGAGUUGAGACGGGUAUUGUGAAGCCCGGCGAUCGGGUAAGGAGCUUGAGAAGGAGCCGAAGUUCUUGAAGAAUGGUGAUGCUGGGAUGGUGAAGAUGCUUCCCACCAAGCCCAUGGUCGUUGAGACAUUCUCCGAGUAUCCUCCACUUGGUCGUUUCGCCGUGAGGGACAUGCGCCAGACGGUUGCCGUUGGUGUCAUCAAGAGUGUCGAGAAGAA